ACGUGACGAUCACAUCAUCGCAGGUCCUUUAGGCAGCUGUAUCUAUCUGGUGUGAGCCAAGCCUCGGCGUUUCCUGGCCCCUGACCACCUGGGGCGCUCCCGGCACUCCUGCAGCUGGCCGGCAGAUGCUGAACACAGAAUAUGGGCUCCAUUAUGUCCGCCUAUACCGGCCACGUGAGCGCUUCGAGGCCGGCGGGCAGCUCGCAUGUUGAGGAUGAUGACGAUUUGUUGGAUGGAAAGGACAGAGAAGAAGACAUUGCUCAGUUUCCCUAUGUCGAGUUUACAGGACGUGACAGCAUUACGUGCCCGUCUUGCCAAGGAACUGGGUGCAUUCCAACAGAACAAGUGAAUGAGUUGGUUGCACUUAUACCAUAUAGCGACCAAAGGCUGCAGCCCCAGAGGACGAAAUGUUACGUUGUCCUCUCCGUUCUGCUGUGCCUCUUAAUCUGUGGUUUGGUGGUGUUUUUUCUAUUUCCACGCACUGUUCUUGUCCAGGAUGGUGGCAUACGAAUGGUACAAGUGUGGUUUGAUAAGGAGAAUGACAUUGUGAACCUUGCAAUGACGAGCACUCUACAUAUAACAAAUUCCAACUUCUAUUCAAUCUCUGUGGACAGUCUUAUAAGCCAAGUACAGUACAUGAACACAGUGAUUGGAACCCAGCAGCAGAGUAACGUGUCUGUCAUCCAGCCGCUCAGUGAGAAACUGGUGAAUUUCACAGUGAAGUUGGAGUUAGGUGGAAUUCUGUCUUAUUUAUAUAACUUCUGCACUCUGCCCACAGUUAAAGUGCACAACAUUGUUGUUUUUGUGCGAACUUCGGUGAAAUUCUCUUACGUCGGGCACACCUCGCAAAGCUCCCUGGAGACUUACCAAUACAUCGAUUGUGGUGCAAAUUCAACAAUAUUGACCGACCACCAUGCUUUAUUAAGUAACUAAAGCAUAAUCAGCAAUAUGCUGUCUUGCCCCUGUGAGUCAUCUACAGAAAUGAUAAAUCGACGGUACAUCUGCACCAGCCUGGCACUCAUGUUUACAUUACAAAGUUCUGGAAUCUGCACUGGCACUUUUAUUGCACUGGUGCUCCCCUUCUUUGUGCUUUAUUUUAAUCAAUUGUAAAAUGUUUUCUAGUAAUUAAAGACCAGAACAUUCA